UUAGCGCACCUAACUCAACUAAUUAACAUAUUUUUUGACCUUGAGAUAGGCUGGAAAUUUGUUUCUCCAUUCUUGACAACUGAACUUCCAAUUUGCCAACUGCAUCUCAACUCUACUAUGGAACCCCAGGACAAGGUGCAGGUUCAGUCAUCAUCAUCAGCUCCCAAGCUACUACUCUACUCCUAUUGGCAGAGCUCUUGUUCUUGGCGCGUUCGAUUUGCUUUGAAUCUUAAAGGACUUUCUUACGAGUACAGGGCUGUCAAUCUUGAUAAAGGAGACCAAUUCACUCCAGAAUUUGAGAAAUUAAAUCCCCUUCACUAUGUUCCAGUAUUGGUUGAUGGAGAUGUAGUUGUUUCAGACUCAUAUGCAAUUAUACUGCAUUUGGAACAAAAUUAUCCUCAAAAUCCUUUGUUGCCAUCUGAUCCUCAACUUCGAGCGAUCAAUCUUCAGGCUGCAAGUAUUGUGUCAUCCAGUAUACAGCCUCUUCACAUGAUGGCGGUCAUGAAAUAUGUUGAGGAAAAGUUUGGGCCGGAAGAGCGAGCAGCUUGGGUGCAGAUCCAUAUAGAGAAAGGCUUCUUGGCCCUUGAAAAGCUGCUGAAAGACUGUGCUGGCACGUUUUCUACAGGAGACACGGCCUACAUGGCAGAUGUGUUCUUGGCUCCUCAAAUUGCAAUUACUGCAAAGAGAUUUAAUAUCGAUAUGUCGGAAUUCCCAACGUUGGAUGCGAUAUAUAAGUCGUGCAUUGCACUGCCGGAGUUUGAGGUUUCUUUGCCUGAGAAACAACCUGAUGCUGUGCCAUAGUUCUUUCUUUUGUUCAAGUCAUGGUUUUUAAAUAAUUACUGUCAAAACUUGCAUUUGCUAUCUUCGAAUAUUCGACCUUUUAUUCUCAAAAAUAUUUUGCUAGAUGAGAUUUGCACUUUAAAGCCCAAAACCAUCCAUAUGGUUUACUAAUGUAAUAUAAUCAUUGAUGUGACUAUUUUAUGUAAAGUAUUAUACAAUAGGAUAUACUAAUCUCAUUCAAAAUUA